AUGAAGGAAGAUCUUAUCAGAAAAGAUUCUGGGACUGGUGGGAAGUCACAAGCUGGUGAAGCUGCUAGUACUGUUCAGAUAGAUGAGAAUCAACCAAAUCAGGAGGAGCAACUCCAGCAGUUAGUUGAUGAGCGAGUGAAAGAGAUCAAAUCAGUAGCCGAGAAAGUGUCUGUGCAGCUCUCUAUCAUUGCUGAGGCAUCAUAA